GUCACGUCCAAUCGGAUUCAGAGACGCGAGGCACGACAACAGGAAGUUCCCAGCUAGUAACACAGCAUUUGCUAUCUGGAGAACUUUAGCUAUAUCGUGUUAGGAAUAGUUUAAUAUAUUCUAAAACCCAUUGUCAGUCACAGCGAUACUUACGUGUUAUCUACAAUAGUUUGUUUUAACACUUUGGAAGUGUAUGUUUGAUAUGUAUCGUUAGCUAGCUCGUCCAGGCAGCUGGCUAGCUAGUUACUGGGGUAGCGCGUGAGGUCAGGAAUGAGGAUUUGUUUACAAUGAAUCAGCUGACUAACGUUAGGUACCUAGCUAGCUAGCUAGGCAACUUGCAGACUUUAUUCGUCGAUAACUUUUAGCUUACCAGAUGAUAUCCUGCUAUUAUGUAAUAUUUCUUAAAUACAGCGCAGCCUUAAGUGACGUUAAAAAUAUUGUAGCCAAACAGUAUGUGCCUGAUAUCACUGCAACAUUGCUAACGUCAUAGCUUUGCGUAUAAGGCUAUAAACUAGCUUGUUAGCCUACAACUCAUUAACAGGUAGAUGCACCUUUCCUUAGUAGCAGGGGAGAAAUAAGCUUUUUUCAAUAAUGCCAUGCACAUGUGGGAAUUGGAGGCGGUGGAUUCGUCCCUUGGUAGUGGUCUUGUACAUUUUACUCCUGCUUGUGGUGCUGCCCUUCUGCAUAUGGGAGCUACAGAAAUCAGGGGUCGGCGUACACAACAAGGCAUGGUUCAUCGCAGGUAUUUUCGUGUUCAUGACUAUACCCAUAUCACUGUGGGGAAUCUUACAACAUCUGGUAAACUACACUCAGCCGGAACUGCAGAAGCCAAUCAUCAGAAUACUCUGGAUGGUGCCCAUUUACAGUCUGGAUAGUUGGAUUGCACUAAAGUACCCCAGUAUUGCUAUAUAUGUCGACACCUGCAGAGAAUGCUAUGAGGCCUAUGUCAUCUACAAUUUCAUGAUCUUCCUGCUCAAUUAUCUUGGCAACCAGUACCCCAGUUUGGUGUUAAUGUUAGAGGUGCAGGAGCAACAAAAGCACCUCCCACCUCUCUGCUGCUGCCCACCAUGGCCCAUGGGAGAGCUGCUGCUUCACAGAUGCAAGCUGGGAGUUCUGCAGUACACUGUGGUGAGGCCAGUCACUACAGUCAUUGCCCUGAUAUGCCAGCUGUGUGGGGUCUACGAUGAGGGGAACUUCAGUUCGAAGAAUGCCUGGACCUACCUGGUUAUUGUUAACAACCUUUCCCAACUUUUUGCAAUGUAUUGUCUGGUGCUAUUCUACAGAACACUGCGAGAGGAGUUGAGUCCCAUCAAACCAGUUGGCAAGUUCCUGUGUGUGAAACUCGUGGUGUUCGUGUCCUUCUGGCAAGCCGUUUUCAUUGCUAUCUUGGUCAAAGUGGGGGUGAUCUCAGAUUCUCACACAUGGGACUGGGACAGUGUGGAAGCAGUGGCCACUGGAUUACAGGACUUCGUCAUCUGUGUGGAGAUGUUCUUGGCAGCCAUUGCACACCACUUCAGUUUCACGUACAAGCCUUACAUCCAAGAGGCAGAGGAAGGCUCCUGCUUCGACUCCUUCCUGGCUAUGUGGGACAUCUCUGAUAUCAGAGCUGACAUUUCAGAGCAAGUACGAAAUGUUGGGCGAACUGUUAUGGGUCGGCCCAGAAAGACAUAUUUUGGCGAGGUGCCAGAACAGGACGAGCACACUGGCCUGCUUUCAGCCGGCUCACAGGACCCGAUCGCCGAAGCCUCCUCCACUCCCGCAUCUCCAAAAGGCCGAUACCAGGGUCUGGGUCGCACCCUCACCCCCCACUCAGUGUCCGCGCCUGCCAACCUGAGCACGGUGGCGUGGGACGGUGAUGUGGAUGACAUCACGCCCGACCAGCCCACAGAUUCCGCUGAGUCACUGAAUGCGCAUAAUGCUCCAGUGUCUUAGCCAAGUGUCAGUUCGAUUGCUACUGUUGCUAACGUAAAACAGCCGACAUUCGUUAGCCUCUGUAGCCUACACACUCUCUGCAAGGGUAGCCAGUGUGUGUCAGGUCUGUCUCACUGACACACACACAGUGGUAAUGCAAAGCUAACAACCUCUGAAAUAGUUGUACACCGUGCUAAUAAUCAGCUAAGGUGUCCGGGUGUGUGACCGCUAUGCAUACUAAGGCCAGAGGGUACAGGCCCCCCCAUCAUGAGACCAUGAUUUUCCUUCCAUUCAGUCCUCUGACAUGACCAAUUGAGCAAAGAUGAAACAAAGCACGUUCUGUCCAGCAGAAUGCAUCAAUGGCAUUUCUGAAGAACUUAUCUCUCAGAGACAGCUGUUUGAAUGUUAAUGUUCGGUUCUCCUCACGAUGCAAACAAUGGUUUCCGCAUUUUAUCUUAAGUUAGUCAAAUACCUUUUUGCCUGUGUUAACAUUCAGAUCUGUUUUGAUUAAUUUCGUUCUCAUCAGUUUUAUGACACAUUUAUCUGUGUGGCUGGAAGUCCAUGACAGGUUUUUAAUGUGAUGACCAUCUAGUCAUUUGGACCAUGUAAUAUUUUAUCAAGUCACCAUAAAUUCUCCCAGCAAAACAGAGCCAAAGGGCUCUUUUUCUUUUCAGAGGUUUACCACUUAUUCUGAGGUACUUUACCCAGGAUUGUCACCACAUAUUUGGAAUACCCCCCCCCCCCGGUCUACAAUUCAGAUUUCACACUAAACUGUUUCCAUGGUAAUAAAAUGUAUAUAUUUGGGAGAUGUACAUGUAGUGGAGUUACAUUAGGCAAAUGGAGGCCAGCCAUAUUUCUGUUUCAUGCAGACUCAUACAUGGCAGAUGUACACAACAGUUUGCAUGCAACAUGACAAGACAUCAGGAAUUACAGGAACAACACAAGAAACUUCUCACUGUAUUCUACCAACCACCACAGAAAUGUUCAUUUGUUUCCUGCACCUUUUAUGUGGUGCUAUCAUGAAACCAUGCAUAAUGCCAAGUUCUUUUUUUUUUUCUUCUUUAAACACAUGAGCAUAUGUACAAACAGCAAUAGUCCCCCCCAACAUUUAAAUUGAAAACCGUAAGCCAAGUUUUCUUCAAUUACACUGGCUCUUUUUCAAAUUAUGGAAAACCAAAUUCUUAAAACCAAUUUCUCUUGCAGUUCAGUUCCCUGCAUUAAUGGACAUGUUCUGGACCACCUCAUCUGAUGGUUUUUUUUAACCAAAGAUUUAGUGUAUUCACUUGUAGUUACAUUUCUAUUGGUUUGUUGCUCAUACGUGUUGUAAUAAACAGAGAUGUACAAUUUUUAACAUCUGGAAUCUUUGCAUUGACUUGUAGCUCAGUAGGAAAGGAUGACCAUAUAGCUUAUUGAUCAUUUUAUGAUCAAAGUACUAUCUUCUCAGUUUUUGUUUUGUUUUGGUAGCUCAUCAUAAUAUUUGCAGUACUGCUCAUAUCAAAUGUGAUGUGUUUACUGUAAUCAUAUGUGCAGCUAUGUUGCAUUGCCUUACCUAACAAUUGUCAAACAUUAAAUAUUACAGAGAAAUGGA